AUUGAUGUGAGCGCUUUCCAUCACUGCAUGACCUGCCCGGGAUGCAGUCGAGCAUUGAACAGGCAUCCAGAGCAGUCCAGAGCAGCAGAAUAGCAAGCAACAAGUGUUGGUCGAAAUUGACAGAGCCCAAGUCGAACUGCGCCUGAGCGCUUGCACGACUGCAACCGGCUCAUCGCGCACGAAGACUUUGAGGCUUUUGUGCGUUCAACAACGAAACAACAUAAGUGGAACUCUUCUAGAUUCAGAUUCGCCAAGAUGGGGAGGAAAGCCGAAAUCCAGCGUAUCAUGCUUGAGAAGCUCAUGGGACCGGAGGCCAUGGGCACAGCGACGGAGAACUUGCACUUUACAGACGUCAAGGUGUGCAAGAACUUUCUGUGCGGAGUCUGCCCGCAUGACUUAUUCUCAAAUACAAAAGUCGACCUGGGCCCAUGUCCAAAGUCGCAUAAUCCGCGCCUGAAAGACGAGUACAAUGCAGCGCUGGCUAAGAAAGAGCGCUACCCGACCUUCGAGCUCGAACAUGAGCAGAACGUCAUCUCCUUCAUGGCGGACAUCGAUCGCAAAAUCGCCGCCAACAAACGACGCUUGGAUCAGACGCCUGAGGAGACGGCCAAGUUCUCGAAUCUGAUGCGUGAAAUCGGCGAGGUGGAGAGCGCAGUACAAGCUGCUAUGGCAGAGGUCGAGCGUCUGGGUGAAGAAGGCGAGGUCGAGGCUUCGCUGCAAGAGCUGGCAAAGGCGGAGGCACUCAAGGAGGAGAAGGCCCAGAAGGAGAGGGAAUUGCAGCAGCUUAAUGAGAGCGCUGGCGCAAGUGGGCAUCAGAAGCUCAGAGUCUGCGAUGUCUGUGGUGCAUAUCUUUCCAUCCUGGACUCUGACAGACGGCUUGCAGAUCACUUUGGAGGCAAGAUGCACUUGGGCUAUCUUAAACUGCGCCAGAUGAUAACCGAGUUCGAGCAAAAGCGCGCAGAUGGCACUGGCCCCGCAGCAGCCAUCGCAGCCGGCAUCGGCACGUCUCUUCCGAACGCUGCAGGCGGUCCCGGUGCAGGAAAUGGGUAUCACCUGAACCAGAAUAGUGUGGGCUCUUACGUCCCGAACGGUCGCCCCCCCCUCGCUGGCGGCAUAGGGUUGUCUGGCGCUCCGACGGGGCCGCGCGAUCGCUACGACGACCGGGAGCGAGAUUGGGACCGGUCGAUGCGCAGCGAUCCGCGAGAUCGAGAUCGGGACCAAGAGCGCCGGCGGUAUGACGAGCGCGACGGGUACAGGGACCGGCGCGCCGACGAUUACCGAAGAGACGACCGGGAGAGGGAGUUCAGGAAACGCUCCCGCUCACCGGCUGCAGCGGCCGAGGACGGGGCUCGGAGCAUGAGAAGAAGGGGGAUGGAUGAAUGAGCGUGUAUAAAUAGCGCAACACCUAUAUGCGGUCGGCUUCGAUUAGCAGUGUACGAUAGGUACGAGGAGAAACGCAUUUAACUUUUG